AUGACCUCCACGGGCCUGAGCUUCUCCAACGUGCUCCGCAUCACGGACGACAGCUCCCGCUUGAGCCAAUGCCUGCGAGAGGCCGUGGCGACGUGGCGCGUGGUGACGUGGCGAGCCGCGGGGCGUGGAAUCUGGCUGCGUGCGGGAGGGUGGUGCCUGAUUCGCAAAGAAAAAGAUUCACAGGCGCUGAAAGGGAACUUGGUGCCCUUGGUCUUGGCAGAAGAGGGCGCCAAGCAGCAUGCCAUGGAAGCCUUGUUGGCAGCAGGCGUCAUGACCGAGCCCAGUGCACAGUGCGUUUCUUUGCGCUUGGCGGCCUUGGAGCAGCGGCGCCAGCGGGACGCCCGCCGUUCCGGGUCGUGCCGCGAAGCGACGCGGGGUGCGGGGGUGCAGAGAGGACGUCCGGGGGAAUCGGUGCGGGAUUACAAGCGCUUCUUCACCGACGCCUUGACGUCCUCCAUCCGCUCCGGGAGCUGCUUCACGCCGCCCGGAUGGAAGAGAAAGAGGCUGGUCUUCGAAGAUGACGGCCAUGCGGAAGACGAAGAAGGUUGGCUGCAGCGGACACCGCAGACGAGCUCCAUGGAGGCCCAAAGGGCACUGGCGCACGUGGUGGAGCAACGGUGUGGGAGCCACCGGCGGCACCGGGAGCUCUCCCAGCGCUUUCUCUCGGUCGAGGUGCUCCCGGACGAGUGGAGCUUGUCGCGCUUCUUCAGCAGCUGCUUGGAGCAACGCUCCGCGUUGCCGCCCGAGAUCUUUGCACCGAUGAUCUUCAACGCCCGGGGCAAGGCUCCUUUGCUCUUGCCAGAUGGCUCAGACAACGGCGUUCCUCCUGAGAGCGCGGAAGAAUUGCAGACCCCUGCGCCGUCACAGGAGCCCCGGGGGCGUGGCGACAACGAUCGUCGUUCGCGGUGGUGGCCUGACGACUUGAUGCUGCGGGCCGCAGGCGAACUUCCAGAGAGCAGCUGCGGGCUGACGGGUCACGUCUUCGAGGCGUCGGAGGAAGAGCUGCAGCAGCGUUGUGGCGAUGCGGAGAUUGGCAAUGUUGGCUGCACAGAGAGAUUGGACUUGUGGCGUGACAUCAAGGUUGAAUAUUUGGAGGAGAAGGCAUCGACGACCCUUCAGCAAUGGACGGAAGGCACAAUGUUCCGAACAGGGGCCAGCGGUGACUCGAUGGCCGCGACCACAGAGAAGAAGAGUGAAGAAGAACUGCGACCCACCAAGCUGGAGAAGAGCAUGGAGACGGAGAAGGGUCCGCUGGAGCUCGAAGCUGCCCUGCACAGCAGCGAUGAGGAGGAGUCUUGCAGCGGCGCAAGCAAUCCUGCUGGCACGACCACGGUGUAUGUCAGCACUGUGCCGGGCAGCGACUUUGAUGACCCGGAGUACGGCGACCUGUCUGUGGACGACGAGCAGUGGCUGGCGGCUUGCCCACAGAAGACGCGGCAGAAAAUGUGCGAGAAGGCCGGCCGCAACAGCCGACGAGGUGAUCCCACAGAGACCUCGAGCUUGUUGGGUUUGCAGGGUUGCCCAGAAAGCGCUGUGCUCUCGACCUCGAUGAAGCAAACGGAUGUUGGUCAAACGUGUUGUGUUGGGCGAAUUGGAAGGCCUUUGCACUACCAAGUCCACCCGGUGCUUUUGGCACAAGCCCCGAUGCCCAGCGCCAUGGAAGACGCCGAGGUGCGGAAGUGGGUGAAGCAACGCUUCGGCAAGCACGUGCCCUGCCAUCGCCUCGCCCUCCUCGUGGUCACCGCUCCGGAGCGACCCGAAGAGAGGAUGGAGCGCGACGACGGCCGCACCGCACCACGGGGCAGCGACAAGCACAAGCGGAAGCCCAUCGUCGUGCCUUGGCGCCGUGAAGAACCGUCGGUGACAUGGAACGACACGCGCUUCGCCAGGAAGGACGGGCUUCCCAACAUGCCGUUGAGGGCGGAGACCUCGAAAGAAAUCGCCCCUUGGACGGAGGCUCAGCUGGAACAACGACUGGAGCGCUUAGAGAGCGAUCCACCGGUGGAGGCGAACGAGCGUGGCCGCACGAGCACCUCGACGGGCUCGACGAAGUUGCGCAGUGGAUCCCGGGAGCCGAACGAGAAGAAGCCACCACAGGACUCAGUCCGGCGCCAGAGUCAACAUCCUUCGGUGAUCUCAGCGGAUCGGCUGGAGGUGGAUAUGGCUGCCAUCGGAGCCGCCGGAGCAGCCUGGCAGCAGCGGGGGGGAACAGCCUACCUUCGCCUAGACCACGAGGAUGAGCUCUUUGUUGGUGGCUCUGGGGCUUUGCUUUGUGAAGGCAGCUGGAGCAGGUUCCUCAAGCUCUUGGGGCUCCUGAAAACUCUGCCGAGCUCAUGCGAAACGGAAUUCCGCGUUGCCAUUGGAGCUGCGGCCGGGCUGCCAUCGGCUGCCGCCCAAGCCGAGCGUGCCCAGCAGGUGUUGGCACAAGCGGCGCAGGUGGUGCAGCAGUGUCGUCAGUCGCUGACGGCCUCGCGGCCGACGCUGUUCGGGGCGCCGCCACAGCCAGCACAGCCGGGCGCUGCAAACGCCUGCUACGCUACACCUUUUGUGGCAAUGCCACAGUCGAUGCCUGGUAGCCCACCCUGGCACCCGCGGCCAGCGGCUUCCACUGAAGUCUCGGUGCCCUCGCCGUCGGCGCUACCGGUUGGGGCCGUGCCGACUGGGUCGGUGGCUUCAGAAGCACCGACCGCACUGCGCGCACCAACCGCGCCGAUGGCGCCACCGGGACCUGUGGCGCAGCUGUUCCCCCUGAGGCCAGGAGCUUCCACUGAAGUGGCAGCGCCCUCGCUGUCGGUUUCUGGGGCUGCGCCCGUUGGGUCAGCGGCUUCAGCGGAAGCACGAGCACCCCUGGCGCCGACGGCAGCGCCGAUGGCAGCGCCCCUGGCAGCGCCACUGGCAGCGCCACGGGCACAGAUGACCGUCUCUGCUUCGCAGCUUUUGCCCGGCUCUCCACAGCCGCCCUCCACCAUCACCGGUGCCAUGCUUCGGUCCGCCUCGCACCCUCCGAUGUCCGGCCCGCUGCUGGCCUCACCGCCUCCCAGCCACACUGAGCCGCAAGGUCGCGAAUCACCCGAGGGCGAGAACGACCUCUUCUUGUGGCAGGAAGAUUUGCCCGGUCCAGUACGAAUUCCUCGAGGCCCGUCGCCCACGCCCUCAUGGGCAGCGCCCCCCCGUUCGGCGGCAAGCUCGAGGCUGGCGUCUCCGCCAGCUUUGACCACCUUGAGCGAGCCUGUGGCCGUCCAACCGGACGCCCAACCGGCUGGCGCCUGCGCCGAGCCCACGACCGCGUCUUCGAACAUGGGCAUGUCCAACGUCAAGAUGCCGGCGCCGGUCAGAAAGCCCAUCCGCGAUUGGAGUGAGGAAGAUGUCUCGGUCUUCCUGAUGAAUCUCUCCACUGUCCCCAUGGACAUCAUUGAUGUGGUGCAUGCUCAUGCCAUCACGGGAGCUGUGCUGCUCUCACUCACCGAUGAGGACUUGGAAGGGCUCAACAUCGAGAAGUUUGGACACCGGCGGCUUUUGCUCUUGGCGGCCCAAGAGCUUCGCCGCACGGUGCAGGCGCGGGGAGGUCUUCUGCAGGCGAUCCUGGCAUGA